CUAUCGGCACAGAUUCGAACGAAGGGUAUGCUCUCGGACACCUCCCGAAGAACACUCUGCAAGAAGACAUAUCCCGGGAGCGAGAGAGAGAGAGAGAAAGACGACAAUGGAGGGGAAACAGCAGCAAUCUCCUUAUCCUCAUUCCUCGUCGCUUCUCAGAGACAUCUCCAAUUUCCGAACCCCCAAGCGGCACCUCCAAAACCCUAAUUUCAACUCACCGCGUCCGCAAUUCUUCACCGCCUCCAAGGACACAUCUAAAUCCUCAUCCACCUCCCGCAGCCAUCGCCCCUCCAUUGCUCCCUCCGCCUCGGCUUCACGGUGCAAGGUGGCCCGCAGGCUCAAGGCCUUCGAGCUCGAACAGUCCAAGUCGGCGCGGAAAGCUCAGAUCGAUAAAGAGAAAUUCCUCAGGUCGCUGGAAAAAUCUCUCACCGUUUGGCUUAAUUUCCUGCUCCAAAGCCCGGUCUCAUGCGGCUGCGAUCCGUCCAAAAUGACCGGCGACUGCCUGUCGGAUGAGUCGGAAGCGAGGAAUGGGAAGAGAGAGAGAAGGAGAGGCGUCGGGGUUGGGGUUGACUCGGCAUUGAGGUGGAGGUGCCCAAAACGGCAGAAAGGUUCGGCUUGGCAUGGCGUGGGUAAAGAGGAUACCAACAGGGUCUCAAAUUCAGUGUUUUCGGCUUUGCGGUCUUCGUUGCGUGAUAUUUGCAGUUUUGAGGAUUUGAAACAACGCAUGGAGGCUUACUUAAGCUUGGCUAAUUGCAAUGAAAUUUUCAAUGUGAUGACUCAAGUGACAAAGAAUAUUGAUGAAGGAAGAUUGAAAAUGAAGGCACACUGUCCUAUUGUAACUGAUGUUGGAUUGAAGGAGAAAGCCUUGAAAAUCUUGAUGUGUUACAAUCCUACCUGGCUCCGGAUUGGGCUAUAUAUUAUAUUUGGUGGAGAUUCCUUGUUGCAAGAUGGGGAUAUAAAUUCUGAACAGGAAAUUGCAUUUUUGAAUAUGGUUAUUGAGAAACAAUUUUUCUGGCAUGAUGGUCUUGCUAGAGUUUAUGCUUACAACAAGUUGGUUGAAGGAUUAUACAGGCCAGGCUACUUUGAAAUGCUGGGAAACAUUAUCUUGAAGAGAUUUUUGUUGCUUGUUCUUAUUCUUGAUAGAGUUAAGAUCCAGAGCUGUCUUCCCAUCAAGUAUGGCAUUGAUGGAUUGGAUGGAGGUUCUCCUCUGUUGUUUACUCUGCAAUCCAACAUUAAAUCGAGCCGUCAAGUGAUAAAUGACUUCUUAUCAUCUGAUGUGAUGCAUGGAGAAGGUAAUCUUCUUGCUCAUUUAGUGAUCAUGGGGUACAAAGUAUCAUACCUACAGAGUCCUCUCAAUGAGUAUGACUUCAGGGUGACAGACUUGUUUGAAGAUCUCCGAGAUGGGGUGCGGCUUUGUAGAGCCAUUCAGCUCUUGCAGCAUGACACUUCCAUACUCAUGAAAAUGGUGGUCCCAUCAGAUGCUCAUAAAAAGAAUAUGGUUAAUUGUGGCAUUGCCCUGCAACAUCUAAAGCAGGCUGGUACGCCAUUGUUUGAUGAAGAUGGAUCAGUGAUUGUAGAAGAAGACAUUGUUAGUGGAGAUAAAGAAUUGACACUUUCUUUGCUAUGGAAUGUGUUCGUUCAUCUACAGUUGCCACUUCUGGUCAAUAAAGUGCUUCUAUUGGAGGAAACUUCUAAAAUUCGAGGAGUGCACAUGGAGCAUUUACAUAAUUCCACUCUUUUGGAUAUGCUUUUUAAUUGGAUUCAGGCAAUAUGUGAAAGUUACGAUUAUAGGGUUGAUGAUUUUACUUCGAUGGUUGAUGGAAAAGCCAUGUGGUGUUUGCUUGACUAUUACUUUAGAAAGGAACUUAAAUGUUCAUGUUCUCUUAAGGAUCUGAAGGAUACAACAGAAGAAUCAUCAAUUAUGUCAGUUUGUGAUUAUACAGAUGCGGUUUACAACUUCAUAUUAUCACAAAAACUGGGUACAUUGUUGGGAAAUUUCCCAGAGGUUCUGCAAGUCAGUGACAUACUUGAACAUAAUGGUGCAUGCAACAGCAAGAGUGUGAUUAUUUUGUUGGUUUUUCUCUCAUUCCAGUUAAUUGUUAAGAAAAAUACGGAUCAGCUGAAUUUUCAUAAAUUCUUGGGAUUUAAUUGUCAAAAUUCAGCAAGGAAAUAUACAAGAGCAGGAAAUUGCUUCGUGUACCCUGAACCAUCUCUAAAUGAAGAAGCUCGAUGUGAAAACAACAAUGAAGAUGGUGCGAGAAAUUUUAAGGCCAUCAUAUCUUGGUGGCAAGACAUGGCUCUGCGGAACCAAAAAGUUGAUUUUCAGCCACGUGCUCAUGUGCAAUGCGUAUCAACUAGCAGAGACAGCAAAGCGAUGCAAAGAGAAAAUGCUGCCAAAAUUAUUCAGUCUCACUUUAGACGGUCAAUGGAACAAAGCAAGUAUGUGGGUAUGAAGAAUGCCGUUUCUCUGUUGCAAACAGUGAUUCGAGCUUGGUUGGCUGUGAAGAAGAGAAGAACCAUCCAUGAAUUCUGGACUGACAGAGUGCAAGGGCUGCCAUUUGAAAGGCUGAAGCUGUCAGAACCUCUGCACAAAUAUAUCUGCUUUAUGGUUGACAGGCAUAAUUUUGUGAAGUUGAAAAGGUCUGUGGCAAUCAUUCAAACUGCAACAAGGGCUUGGCUUUCUCACAGAAAUCACAAUAGAUUCAUGUUAACUCAAGAUUCACGUACUCAUGAUCAUGUCAAUGCUGCCGUUGUUGUUCACAAGUCUAUUCGAGGAUGGAUAGGAAGGUCUAUUUAUUUCCAGCGGGUUCAGUUGCAGAAAGAUUCACGUGCAUGUGAAGAAAAUGAAGGAAAUGUUUUGGAAAGAAAAGCGGUUUCUCAUGAUCAACUAGGUGCGAACAAGUUUCAUGUGCACAAUUCUUUCCUCCAUCACCAUAUAGCUGCAACUACAAUUCAAAGUUGCUACCGUGGUUGGUUAACAAGAAAAGAUUUUAUGAGUCAAAAGCAAGCAAGUGUUAAAAUUCAAAGUAUUUUUCGAUAUCUGAGAUGCUUGAGGAACUUUCAACAAUACAAGAUUGUUGUUCAGUCAGUAAUCAUCAUUCAAGCUUAUCUGCGUGGAUGGAUUGCUAGAAGAGGUGCUUAUCAACUGAAGUGUCUCAUCAUUUUGAUUCAAAGCCAUUGUCGUGGUUGGCUAAUAAGAAGAGGAAUCAUUGUUCAAAAAGAGGCAGUGAUAAAGAUUCAAAAUGCUUUUCGAUGUAUGAGGGCCAGGAAGGUUUUCCACAGUCAUAAGCAUGCUGCAAUGGAAAUACAGCGCUUUGUCAGGGGUCAGAUUGCUCGGAGGAGGAUUUUAGGGGCUUCUUGCCUUCACAAAGUUGUUCCAUUGGGUCAGAUUUUGACUUCAGGAGGUUGCUUCAGGAGUCUCGAAUUGAGUUUAUUUCUAUGCUCUGUUUCUAAGUUACAAAGGUGGUGGAGAAGUCUUCUAAUGCGUAAAUUGAGAACAAGGUCGUCAAUCAUUAUCCAAUCUCAUAUUCGAGGGUGGUUAGUAAGAAGAGAGAUUCUUCUUCAAAAAGAGGCAGUGAUAAAAGUACAAAGCGCUUUCCGAUGCACACAAUGCUGGAAGUUUUUCCACUGUCAUAGGCAUGCUGCAAUUGAAAUACAACGAUUUGUCAGGGGACAGAUUGCUCGAUGGAGGAUUUCAGGUUUCCUGAAGAACCUUGAGAAGAGUAUUUUAAUGCAGAAAUUGAGGGUAAAGUCAGCGACCAUUAUCCAAUCUCAUAUUCGAGGUUGGAUUGCCAGGCGAGAAGCAAAGAGGGAGAGGCAUCGUAUUACUGUAAUCCAGUCAUACUGGAAGGGUCACCUUGCACGAAAGGAUUCAAGAGGGCAGAUACGUGACCUGCGCUUGAGAGUCCAAAAGUCUGCUGCAAAUGUGGAUGACGGUAUGCGUAUAAUGAACAGAUUGGUGGGAGCACUUUCUGAACUAUUGACUAUUAAAAGUGUCAGUGGCAUUCUACAUACCUGUGCAACGUUAGAUAUGGCUACGGAACAUUCACAAAAAUGUUGUGAGAAACUUGUGGAAGCUGGGGCUGUUGAUAUUUUACUCAAGCUGAUCCUCUCCGUGAGUCGAAGCAUUCCCGAUCAGGAGGUUCUAAAACAUGCACUGUCUACUCUAAGAAACCUGGCACGCUAUUCACAUUUGACUGAAGUGCUCGUUAGUAGUAAUGGAUGUGUUGAGACAAUUUUCCGGGAGUUCCUAAGAAACAAGGAGGAAGGAUAUUUCAUUGCUGCAGAGCUCUUGAAGAAGAUUUUUUUAAAUGUGAAAGGUUUGGAAGCUGCAUGCAGGUUACCUGCUCUCAUAAAGAGGCUGCACCACCUAGCGGAGGAUCUCACAAGAAAGGCAGGCAAGGACAGGAGGAAUCGUCGAGGCCAGCUUGAGCAAGUGGAGAGAAGAUUAAGAGAAGCUGUCGAGCUUCUAAAUCUAUUGGCAAAUGGUUGAAAGGAAGUUAAACCUACCAUAUGGCGCAAUGCAUAUUUUUCAAGUCUUUUAGUUUCAGUUAUGGCUGUAUGUCGUGGUCGAGUGGCUGAAACUUCAUUUUUUGCUCCGGAUGUGGAUGUGCUUUUGAUUGUGACGCAGCGCUGGUUCACAAGUUUCCUCAUGCGCUUCGCUCUGCCGUUUUAAUGUAAGUUAUAAGGGAGAAGAAAGAAGGAUGGGGAGUGGCCCCUCCUGAAAGAGCCAAGGCCGCUUUAAUCAGAGAGAUAUGGCUGGGCUGGGCUGGGCUGGGCAUGGUAUUGGAACCAUCUCUAUUAAGUUUGGGGCCUAAGUUAGGAGCGUUAUUUUAUUUUUAUUUUUCUGGUGGCUAGUUUUGUGGGCUUGCUGGAGCUCUGUUAACUUAGCCUAAGUAGUGUAGUUAGCAAUGCUGAUUUAAAUGUGCGAACCAUGUCGAGUUCGAGGUGGUACGCGGUGACUUAGAUAUUUAAUGCACCAUUACCGAUCGAUUUAGAUUUAA